AUGAUACGAACGGUGGAGCAUCUGGGCGUGAAUUUGAAUCAAUGCCAUGGAGGUGUUCCGAUUGUAAGAUUUGCUAGCAGACGUUUUGUCUCUUCUGGGAAAGAUAAGGGUUUUAAUAGUUCAACAAACGAAACUCACACUUCUAAGUCUCGCAGUGGGCAGGGCCAUAGUGGUGAAUCAACAGCAACCCUGCUAAAGAAAAGGUCUCAAGGUCGCAAGAGGUCUCUAAUUGUACCGAAAGUGCAAAACACAGACUAUAUCUCAAGGGAAGAGUUAGAACUCGAGGAACUAUUCUGUGGAUAUAGGCCUCUUUUUUUAGGUAAUUCUCCCUUCAUCAAGCCACGGUAUAACCCAAAUAAUAGAUCUCCUUCACUUCCUACUUUGCUCGUCAAGCUAAGGCUGAUGGAUGUGCUAAAUAUGGGAAGUAAUAGUUCAUCAGAGAAAUUCGAUUUCAACAAAAUAUUUCAAAGUCAGACUGAGGAUGAUUUCAUGAGCGAUGCAGAUAAGGACAGAAGCCCCAUAUUCCCAUGGGAAGUUUCUGUAAGUGGGCUCAACUUUCAAGAUGAAGGUUUCAAAAAUCUCCCUCCGAAAAUUGUUACCAGCUUAAACCCUUUCAAGCCAAUUGCUCGCCCUAAAUUGGAAAGCCUCCCGCCAGCUAAUCUAUACAAAUCUACUAAGAUAAGAUAUCAUAGUCCUAAUAUCAAUGAUAGGACGGAUAUGGUGGAUCUGUUCGAUAUUCAUACCCUGAGAAACAAAAGGCUUGAAACUCGUGGAAAGUAUCCCAUUCAAUCUACUUCGCUUCAAGAUAAAUAUUAUUUGGAAGCUAAACAAAAAUAUGAGGAAGAGAUUAGGUUCUUAGCUCGCCGAAAUACUUUUAUCAUUGAAGAUCAAUUGAAAUUAAAAAAUGAUAUUAAUAACUUAAGUGCUUUCAUCUCUGAACGAUUCCAUGAACUUACAAAACUUACCAUCAAUGAUGAUUUCAAAGAACGUCCAUUACCUCUGUUUAUAUAUUUUCAGUCAACAAUUGUCUCACGAAGAGCUUAUAAACGAUUUUUGAGGAAGACAAUAGAAACUCACAUUGAUCCCAUUUUAUUCACUGUAAAAUCUGCAUUUGAAUCACACAGUAAGGCUAAAAAAUUUCAAACACAAGUUGAACUGAACAUUCGCCGUAUGAUUGACAAUCUAACAAGACAGACCCCACAUAUAUCUUUCACUGACGGCCAAAAGGCCGUCGAUUCAGUUAUCGUUUCAAGUCCAGUACCCUCGUUUAAAAGGAUAUUUUGGAUAAAGCCAAACAAAAGAAGUAGAGUCUUUUGGGGGGAAAAUAUUGAUAGAAACUACCCUGUUCAAUUUGAAGGCAAGUAUGUUACAACAAGAAACGGUAUUAAAUAUAUGAAGUAUCCGAUCAAUUUGAAUUGGCGAACACUUGGUGAAGUUUUCGAUGAAUGGAAUCACCGAAACUAA